AUGUCCCUGCAGGCCUGGGACUGGGAGGAAGAUGAAAGAGCAAGCACUGGGCCCCUCUCCAUGGCCAGUGCUUGCCAUUCAGGGAGCGAAUGUGACAUGGAGGACUACCUGAAGUCCAGGACCCCAGCCCAUGAGUGGGACUGUGAGGACCAGUUCAGCAGCAGCCUGCAUUCCUCAGAGGGGCCUGCCGGCACCUCUAACACUGACGUGCCCCAGAUUGUCCCCUGCAGAUUUGUGAUCUCACUGGCCUUCCCCACAGUGAUAGGUAAUAAGGGGAAAACCCCAAAUGUACCUGAUAAAAAGAAGCCUGUUAAGUCAGAUACCCGGACUGGAAAGGCUCGUCAAUUCUACCACAUUGAGUAUUUUUUCCUGCCCGAUGACAUAGAACCCAAAAUAGUUGAUGUUGUGGUGUUUCCUACCAUAGCCAAAGUGUUUCUGGAGUCAGGAAUAAAGACUGUAAAGCCAUGGAGAGAUGACGACAAAAUCUGGGUGUCAUGGAGCCAAACUUUCCAUGUCAAUGUGACAAAGGAAUUGUUAAAGAAAAUGAAUUUCCACAAAAUCACUUUGAGGCUCUGGGACACCAAGGACAGAGUCUCAAAAAGAGUCAGGUACCACCGGGUAAAGACAUCGGCAUUUUCAGAAGAGUCAGAUUCUUUUGGUAAGUAGGAAGUGAAACAUUUGGUUUUGAAUCAGAAAAAGUUGUCUGUAGUUAACAAUGGUAAAAACAACACUGUCCUCGAAGAGUUGAAAGAGGAGAAUCUACCAAAUGACCAAGAAAAGGCAGAAAAGCAUUCAAAGUCUCUACAAGCUUGCAGACUCUUUGUAACGUUUGGUUCUCACCAAGCAGAGCCUGAAAACCCUUCUAAGAAUGGCGGCGAGGAGUGUGAGAAGUUACUGAAGAUGGAGGAGUCUCCUUCAUCUAGACGGACCAUAUCAAAGACACCCAUCUCUCUGAGUGGAGCAACCAUGAUGGAGAUCAAGGAACUCAUUGAAAAACCGUCGUUGAGCAGCUUAACAAACAUGAUAGAAAAACAAAAGUCUCAACUUAAAGGUAAAGAUACAGAAGUGAAGAAGAAAAGCCCAAAGAAAAUGAAGAAGUAUCAGACAGAAGAGGAAGGGGACCAGAAGCAGGAAGGUGCUGCCUGGAAGCAGAGCGUCUUCUCCAUCCAGCUGCCCAUCAUGCCACUCCUUGCCGGCUGGCAAACGGUCAUCUGCCGUGGCAGCGAGAAGUCGGCCAACAUUUUAGAUUGCUUUUUGACUUUAAAAACAGAAGUUCCUAUCAUGACUGAACAGCAAAAACAAGACCUGAACCCCAUGACCAUAAAGAUCAGGUGUGCCUCUUGUCUUCCGAUCCAGCCUGUGUCCAUUCACGAUCUGGAGAGGCUGUGCAGCCCUGUCUACUGCAGAUACCAGUUCCACAGUACUCCAGUGCACGAAACCAAGAGAGAGCCCCAUGGGUCUCAUGUAUUUUUUCAGGAUAUCAAUGUCAUCUUCCUUGGGGCCAUGCACCCCAGUGACGUGAGGGAGUACCUGGAAGGGCCCCCCAUGGUAGUUGAAGUCCAUGACAGGGACCGGAAGUCAGAGGAGUAUUCCCGGAAGCCUACCCUGUUUGGAGAGGACUUUAUAGAUUCAUACUUCAAUCUCCAAGCUUUCAUCUCUUCCAAAGACACAGAGACUAACCCCUAUGAGGCACAGAACAAGAUCUGGGAUCCUUAUGGAGUUGCCCGAGUCAGUUUUGCUGACCUUCUCCUUGGUUAUAAGUACUUGAACCUCAUUGUCCCCAUCCACAACUGUGAGCCAAAGUCUCCCAACUGGAGCCAGGAUAACAGGAACAGAAGGACUUUAGGAUUCCAGGCUCCGGCAGAUGCCCUCCAGCACAGCUCAAUCCCCAUAGGCAACUACCUGGAGGCCAACUCUUUACUCAAGCUCCGAGUGGACAUUGCAGUACCCUUGAGUAGUUGGUCCAGAGCUCCUGAGUUCCACCUAAUGGGUACCCAUUUUGGCCGCAUCAUUUUUGUGUUCAAUGCCAAGAAGCUGUCCCUCCUACAGAGCCUGAUGCAGGACAUCACCAUAAUCAAUGCUAAAGCCCUGGACCUGGACAGUUAUCCCCUCCAAAACAUCCAGCAAAUCCUGUCGGCCUUCAAGGUGCGUGUGAAGAUCCAAGAGCAGAAGAACCUGGAUGUGCUCACUGGCUUCCAUCUGUUGGAUGGGAAGAUCCAUCUUUUUAUUCUAGAAGGCUUGGCAGACCAUGGCUUGAGGCGGCUGUGGGAAAACUACCAGAGAAGUGUUACUGCCUCCAACCGUGCAGCAUGCAAGGUGCUGUAUGACUCCAGGUUGCUCUUCCGCCACCGCCUGUAUGCAGACCUGGAGACCAUGCUGUACCACAUACAUUUGUUCAGGCCGGUGUCGGUGCUCCUGCGGUACCCUGCACUCUAUGUUCGUGGGGCUGUGUCACGCAUGGCCUUUCAGGCACUGUCCAGGAUCCAUGACAUCUGCCACAACAGUACCAGGCUCAAGGAGGUGGUUAUGAGAGAUCUGCUGCCUUCUUCCUCCAUGAUUAAAGACCUGAGCCAAGAGUUUGGGACACCCAUUUCUCAGGAAGACUUCACAGAUGGAAAGCUGUUGGCCCCAUCACCGCAGCCUGAUGUCAGUGAUGAGGACUUCCAACGUCGGCCUUCUAAUCUCCCACAGGAGAUCCAGGUCCACCAGGAGAAGUACCUGCAAUGGCGGAACAACAUGCUGCUGAAGAACCAGAUCCACAGGGACAGCGUUAUCCAGAAAAAUAUCAAGGAAGCUUACCAGUUCACCAAGAAGUCUCAAAAGACAAUGGGGAAGGUAAUUAGAAUUGCCAUUCCUGAGAACAAAACUGUCCACAACUACAGCACCCAGACCAUGAAUUCCUCAGAGCUUGCUAAGAAGCAGAUGUUUAAAGAGAUGGCCAAGGAGCCAAGGAAGAGAUUCACGUAUUCACAGAAUUAUCUCUCAGCUAUGGUGGAUGUUCGGGACCCAAAGGAAGAGGAGAAGAAAGCCCAGAAGAAGUCCCGCCAGGCCUGGCUCACAGCCGGUGGGUUCCAAGUAUGGGGUCUUCAGAGCACCAUUGGAAGCCACCAGCAGGAUCUUAGACUGCCACCCAUCAGAGAGCUAAAUGAGGAGUGGCAGGAAAACGCUUUGUUCGAUAAUGUGUUGAAGCCUGUGCUGGACCGAGAUAGAUGGAGCUGGAGCCAGCGCCACCUGGAUUUUGACCUGUACAAGAAGCCGCCACCUUACUUUCAGUUGCCCCGGCUUCCAGCUCCAAAGCCUGCAUCUGGUAAGAUAACACUUCUGAGCUGA